UGUCUUCUGAUUAUCACCUCCGACGCUGAUUUGAAUUCCCGAAUAGAUUUCUUCGUCAGGUCUGUUCCACACCGUACACCCGGAAUAAACCACCCAGAUCUAUCCAAAUAUUAUCGGUUCUUUACCACCAGAGAAAUGUUAUGUUUCAAUGGCGUGAUCUUGGUUAUUUAAUGCUCUAUAGAAAAUAGGAAAUCGUUAGUUUCUUUUCCUAGCCAGAAUAAGCUAGAUGUGCUCCUGAAGACGUUUAAUGGGCUCAUCUUUAGUAUUUUACUAAACUUCUUACCAAAAACAAAUUCUAAUAAAAUCAGAACUAAAGCACAAUACGGUGAAAUACCCCUGUGGUUUACCUGAAAAUCAUCUAAAUGAAACAAGGACGAAGAAUUGCUAAAUGAUUCGAGAAUGUUCGCGUUUGUCACAAAUCGAAGUGAUAUAAUCAUGUUAAACAAACUAUUUUUGUCGAAUCGCGCUUCAAUCGAUAAAUUUUAUUAUUUUAAUACCAGUUUGUUUCUUUUCGUUAAGUUUCAGAUUUUUUAUCUUAUUAAGUGGUACAAUUCCUGUCGAAUCACGACAUUGUUAACAUUAGUGUUAUAACUUUUCGCUGUAUUUUUGGAAUGCGUUAUUCAGUUGUGGUCACAUUGGCUGCAAUACUCGUUUUUACAACUACAGCAACAAAAGCCUCUGAUUGUAUACAGCAAGGAGGAGACAUGACCGGAGUCACAUACAGAGGAACUCUAGCAGUCACCAAAUCAGGACGAUCUUGCCAGAAAUGGGCGGCACAAUCUCCCAACAGGCAUAAGUUCACUGCUGGAAGGUCUAGAUUCCCUAAUUAUAAUGGAGGUUUGGACGAAAACUUCUGUCGAAACCCAAGCGGACAUACUGGUAUAUGGUGUUACAACGGCGAAGGCACUUUUCCAAGAUGGGAGGACUGUGUGAUGCCCCCACCAUGCUGGGUGUUUUACUCAAGACCAGAUAAUAGAAUUGGAACUACGACAUGCUCUGGAGUGGAUAUAAACGGAAUGGGAUGCUCUUGUCUAGCAAAUUACUACAACAUGAGAGAUUGCGGAUCAGGCCUUAGCUACGAUCCUCAGAGAUGUGCAACGUAUAACCACCACUGUCUUAAGCUGAAAAGUGGCAAAAAGAAGGAGAAGACUUGUUGCAGAGCUAUCUUGUGCUUCGGCAACAAACUGAACUGCUGAGUUUAGAACCUAAACACGACCGGAUUGAAAAUUUAGACAUGAGAAAAGGAAGUAGUGUGUCUGAUCACUCAGCUGUACUUGCUGAACUGGGGCUGAAAUCAAAAAUUCUUUUUUAUAUUACAUAAUAAUACUUAUCUGGAACUCCAGACAAAUUAAUUUUAAUUUGGAACGUGGUCGGACAAUUUUAUUAAGAUUCCAGGACGAAUCGCGGACUAUUUAACUUAA